AGGCAGAGCGCUGCUACUCCUCUUCCCCACGCCAACGGAGAAGCAGAAAACAAGAAGCCCUUCUUGACCGAGGGUGUGUGCAUGAAUUUCUCUCAUAUGUAAAAAACAAAACAAAAAUCGAUUUCUACAAUCUCGACCGACUCGACGUUAAAAAGGAUUUUGGAGCAAAGUGCGAAAGACGGAUAGGAAACCAGACGGGUGUCCCGCGCGCACUGCCGCAUCCUCCAUCUCCAUCUCUGUUUCAUCUCUCCUCCUUCUCUGCAUCUGCGCUUUUACAAGACUCCCGGCUUCUUCCAUCCUGACUAUCCCCAGUGACUGAUCACUCGUCGCAAAGCCGUGAGCUGCCCUUCUUCUUUUGUCGGAGUUCAAACCUCAUUGUGAGCUGCUGGAAGUCUCCCGCCUGAGCCCCUGAGCGCUGGCUGGACUCUAGCUUCUUCUUCCCCAUACAAGCGGAUCAUCGAGGGGACCUUGCGCGGAGUCAAAAGGACUGGAAAUUAUUUAGCCCUCUCACAUCAACGUACCGCAUGGUGGGAAUUUCUGCCUCUUUUCAGUAUCACACUGGGAAGCGCUCCACCAUGCCCGACUCACCUGCGGACGUCAAGACACAGUCCCGGUUGACCCCCCCUACCAUGCCUCCCCCACCCAGCACGCAAGGAGCACCCCGUAACAGCUCCUACACCCCCACCACAUUAACCAAUGGCAGCAGCCACUCUCCCACGGCGCUCAACGGCGCUCCCUCUCCUCCGAACAGCUACAGCAAUGGUCCCAGCUCCUCAUCCUCAUCCUCGCUGGCCAACCAGCAGCUGCCGCCGGCCUGCGGCGCCCGGCAGCUCAGCAAGCUCAAGCGCUUCCUCACGACUCUCCAGCAGUUUGGCAACGACAUCUCACCUGAAAUCGGCGAGCGGGUCCGCACAUUAGUGCUCGGACUAGUGAAUUCCACACUAACCAUCGAAGAAUUUCACUCCAAGCUCCAAGAAGCCACCAACUUCCCUCUGCGGCCCUUUGUCAUACCCUUUCUGAAGGCCAACCUGCCGCUCCUUCAGAGGGAGCUGCUGCACUGUGCCAGGCUAGCCAAGCAGAACCCAGCUCAGUACCUGGCACAGCACGAGCAGCUGCUCCUGGACACCAGCACCACCUCCCCAGUGGACUCCUCAGAACUCCUGCUGGACGUCAACGAGAACGGCAAGAGAAGGACGCCAGACAGAACCAAAGAGAACGGCUUCGAGCGAGAUGGUGCCCUCCACCCGGAUGUUCACCCUAGCAAGCGGCCCUGCACCAUAAGCCCCGCCCAGCGCUUCAGCCCGUCCAAUGGGCUCUCCUACCAACCCAACGGCCUGCCCCACCCGGGCCCGCUCCCCCCGCAGCACUACAGGCUGGAUGACAUGGCCAUCGCCCAUCACUACCGUGACAAUUACAGACACCCCCCCACCAAUCAUCGGGAGAUCCGGGAGAGGCCCAGGCCUGUUGGUAUGCAUACAGGGACCAGGCAGGAGGAAGUGAUUGACCACAGGCUGACCGACAGAGAGUGGGCUGAGGAAUGGAAACACCUUGACCAUCUGCUGAACUGUAUCAUGGACAUGGUGGAGAAGACACGGCGCUCACUGACAGUGCUGCGCCGGUGCCAAGAGGCCGACCGCGAGGAGCUCAACUACUGGAUCCGACGCUACAGCGACGCUGAAGAGCUGAAGAAGGGCGCCGCUAGUGGGCAGUCAAGGCAGCAGAGCCCGGCGGCACAAGACAACGCAACACCCGAAAUUCACAGGGAGCUGCUGCACCGGCCUGUGUCUGGAUACGUACCUGAAGAGAUCUGGAAGAAAGCUGAAGAGGCCGUGAAUGAGGUGAAGCGACAAGCUGUGUCAGAGUUGCAGAAGGCCGUCUCAGAGGCCGAGCGCAAGGCGCACGAGAUGAUCAGCACCGAGCGGGCCAAGAUGGAGCAUACGGUCGCAGAGGCCAAGCGACAGGCGGCCGACGAUGCGCUCUCCGUAAUCAACCAACAGGAAGACUCCAGCGAGAGCUGCUGGAACUGCGGCCGCAAAGCCAGCGAGACGUGCAGCGGCUGCAACACAGCGCGCUACUGCGGCUCCUUCUGCCAGCAUAAGGACUGGGAGAAGCACCACCAUGUCUGUGGUCAGACCCUCCUGGCCCAGCAGCAGCAACAGCAGCAGCAACAGCAGCAACAGCAGCAGCAGCAGCAGCAAGCCAGCCAACAGCAGGCAGGCGUGCCGGGGUCAGAGCCCCCCGCUCCCAUCAGCUCCUCUGCCUGCACCCCGAGCAGCGAAACUGGGAGUCCGGCUGCUACCCCGCCUGCCGCGACCCCUCGAUCCUCCACCCCCAGCACCCCGUCCUCCGCUGCCCCGGAAGGCACACCGCGCUAAGAGACUCAGAUGGAGGAUCGAGGCAAAGGCCUCCGGGGCUUGACAGCCAGCCCUCAACCCCACAAACAGCAUGACUGUCUACA